CUCACUACCGGCGGCCACUCGCCGCCGCCAUUUAUGUGGCCGGGAACGGCGGUGCGGCCUGUCAUCAUGGCGCUGUUUCCGGCCUUUGCUGGCGUUAGUGAGGCUCCCGAUAGCGGGAGCUCCAGGAAAGAAUUAGACUGGCUGAGCAACCCAAGCUUUUGUGUGGGAACCAUAACAUCUCUGAGCCAGCAAACCGAAGGGGCCACAGCUCUUGCUUCUGAAGGGUCGCCACUGACAAGGAGUCCUCUGAAGUCAGAGCCUUCAGAUGAAAGUGACACUAACGAAAAACUCAAACAAGCAAGCAGAAAAAAGAAGAAAGAGAAAAAGAAGAAAAGGAAGCAUCAACACCACAGGAAAACCAAGAGAAAACAUGGGCAGUCAAGUAGCAGUGGCUCUGAGUUCGAUACUGAUUCUGAAAAGGACCAGUUGUCCAGAAGCAGAGACAGUAAAAAAGAAUCAGAGAAAGUGAAUCAAGAAAAAGCUGCUGCUGCUGAUAUUGGACAUUGCUUUAUUUGGCUUGAGGACAUUCAGGCUCUGACAGGAGAAACCUUCAGAACAGAUAAGAAACCGGAUCCUGCAAACUGGGAGUAUAAGUCGCUCUACCGAGGAGAUAUAGCAAGAUACAAGAGGAAAGGAGACUCCUGCCUUGGCAUUAACCCUAAGAAGCAGUGUAUAUCCUGGGAAGGGGCUUCCACAGAAAAGAAGCGUUCCCACAAGCACGCCGAGCGCUAUUUUACGAAGAAGAACGUGGGAUUGAUGAAGGUUGACGGAGUUGCCAUCAGCAGAAAAACCGAACCUCCCUCAUCUGAGCCAGUCUCGUUUAUCCCAGUGACGGGCUCCGACGAUGUGGUCCCUUCUGUUACAACCUGGUUGAACCCUCUGGGGAUCUAUGAUCAGUCCACCACGCAGUGGUUACAAGGACAGGGUCCUUCAGAGCAAGAGUCAAAGCAGCCGGACUCACAGACAGACAGAGAGAACGUGCUUCUCAAGGCCAAGGUGGAGGAGUUCAACAGGAGGGUUCGGGAGAAUCCGCGGGAUAUUCAGCUGUGGAUGGCGUUUGUUGCUUUCCAGGAUGAGGUCAUGAAAAGUCCGGGCCUGUAUGCCAUCGAGGAAGGGGGGCAGGAAAAGCGGAAGAGGUCCCUGAAGCUCGUUCUGGAGAAGAAGCUGGCCAUCCUGGAGCGGGCCAUUGAAAGCAACCAGAGCAGUGUGGAUCUGAAACUCGCCAAGCUGCAGCUCUGCACCGAGUUCUGGGAACCCUCCACGCUGGUCAAGGAGUGGCAGAAACUGAUAUUCCUACAUCCCAACAACACAGCCCUUUGGCAGAAGUACCUUUUAUUUUGCCAGAGCCAGUUUAGCACCUUUUCAGUAUCAAAAAUUCACAGUCUUUAUGGAAAGUGCUUGAGCACUUUGUCUGCUGUGAAGGAUGGCAGCAUCCUGUCCCACCCUGAGUUGCCUGGCACCGAAGAGGCCAUGUUUGCACUCUUUCUUCAGCAGUGCCACUUCCUGCGCCAGGCUGGCCACUCGGAGAAGGCUGUCUCUCUGUUCCAGGCCAUGGUUGACUUCACCUUCUUCAAACCUGACAGCGUGAAAGAUUUGCCUACCAAAGGACAGGUAGAAUUCUUUGAGCCCUUUUGGGACAGUGGAGAGCCCCGGGCCGGGGAGAAGGGCGCCCGAGGCUGGAGAGCAUGGAUGCACCAGCAGGAGCGGGGCGGCUGGGUGGCCGUCAGUCCAGAUGACGACGACGAUGACCCCGAGGGUGAUGAACAGGAAAUCAGAGACAAGACGCUGCCCAGGUGGCAGGUGUGGCUUGCUGCUGAGCGGUCCCGAGACCAGAGGCACUGGCGGCCGUGGCGCCCUGAUAAGACCAAGAAGCAAACUGAGGAAGACUGUGAGGAUCCCGAGAGGCAGGUGUUGUUUGACGAUAUUGGACAAUCCCUAAUCCGACUUUCCAGCCAAGAGCUUCAGUUUCAGCUGAUUGCAGCCUUUCUGCAGUUCUUGGGUGUGCCUUCUGGGUUCGGCCCUCCGGCCUCCUGCCUCUAUCUGGCCAUGGAUGAGAACAGCAUCUUCGAUAAUGGACUUUGUGAUGAAAAACCAUUGACUUCUCUCAACCUGUCAUAUUCUGGCGUCAGCUGUGUUGGCCGCACGGACCAGUUGGGCUGCUGGCGCUGGACCAAGGGUCACAACCGAGAGGGCGAGGAAUUCAUCCGUAACAUUUUCCACCUUGUGAUGCCUUUGUUUUCAGGCAAGGAGAAAUCUCAGCUGUACUUCUCCUGGUUCCAGUACGAGAUGGCAAAGGUCAUUUGGUGUCUGCACACUAAAAACAAGAAGAGAUUAAAGUCACAAGGAAAGAAUUGCAAAAAGCUAGCCAAGAAUCUCCUUAAGGAGCCAGAAAACCGUAAUAAUUUUUGCCUCUGGAAACAGUAUGCACAUCUGGAGUGGUUGCUUGGCAACACAGAGGACGCCAGGAAAGUGUUCGAUACAGCACUCAGCCUGGCAGGGAGCAAGGACCACGAACUCUGUGAACUCAGUCUGCUUUACGCUGAACUGGAGGUGGAGCUAUGGUCAGACCUCAGGGGCGCCCCCCCAGCCCGAGCUGUUCACGUUUUGACCAGACUGACUGAGAACGGCCCCUAUGGACCCUUUACCGGGCCAGUGUUGGCCGUGCACAUUCUGAAAGCUCGGAAGGCUUAUGAGCACGCACUGCAGGACUGUUGGGGUGAGAGCCGUGUCUCCGAUCCAGCUACCCGUAGUCGCCUGAUCAGCUUGGCCAAAUGCUUUAUGCUCUUCCAGUAUCUGACUGUAGGGAUCGAGGCUGCUGCGCGUGUGUACGAGCAGGUAUUUGCAAAACUGAAGGGCUGUGAUGCCCCCGAAGGCCCCGGCCUGGAGGACAGCGCCAGCCCCCAGAGUGUGGGCGGUGUCCUCGAGGCCGUCACACUGAUGCACACCAGCCUGCUCAGAUUUCACUCCAGAGUCAGUGUCUGCCCUCUGGCUCCUCUGCGAGAGGCGCUCUCCCAGGCUUUAAAGUUGUACCCGGACAACCAGGCUCUUUGGAGGUCCUAUGUGCAGGUUCAGAGUAAGUCCCACGAUGCCAGUAAGACCAGAAGAUUCUUCGAUGCCAUCACCAGGUCUACGAAAUCCUUGGAGCCUUGGCUGUUUGCAAUUGAAGCUGAGAAAAUGAGGAAAAGACUGGUGGAAACGGUUCAGAGGGUAGAUGGCAGAGAGGUCCACACCACAAUUCCUGAGACUGGCUUGACACAUCGGAUCAAAGCCCUGUUUGAAAAUGCGAUACGGAGUGACAACGGCGGCCAGUGCCCCUUACUGUGGAGGAUGUAUUUGAAUUUUUUGGUUUCCUUAGGAAAUAAAGAAAGAAGUAAAGGUGUGUUCUACAAAGCACUGCAGAAUUGUCCUUGGGCAAAGGUGUUGUACAUGGACGCCGUGGACUACUUCCCCGAUGAGAUGCAGGUGGUCCUGGACCUGAUGACCGAGAAGGAACUCCGAGUGCGCCUGCCCCUGGAGGAGCUGGAGCUUCUGCUUGAGGACUAGGGACCAAGGCGGUCGCCUGCCCCGUGGGAGCCAGGAUGAGCGAGACGGGUGACACACGCGUGUGAGCGUGUUAGCAGACCCCUGCUUUUUAAGUUUUUCUAGAUCAUUUGUGUCUGGGUUAGCAGUCUCUCACCUCUUGCAUUUUUUGGAUGUGACACAAAAGCUAUCAUUUUACAUAUUAUAUAUGUGACUGUAUGUAUGUACAUAAACCAUCGGGCCAAGUGAUACCUGUUGUGGUUGCUGUGUCCUGCUCCCCCUCUGCCUAGCUAGUGCCAGCCCCACCGUGGUGAAUGGACCUGCCCAGCUGGCAUCCUUGGUGGUCCUGCCAAGUCCUUUGGGUUUUGCAGAUAAGGUCUGGUUACUCAACACCAGGAGCUCCUCCCCCGGGGCUGGUUAGUAGGAGAGCAGAUUUUGCCCUUCCAACCAUAACAGUGGGGGGUCGUUUAAAAGUUGGUGUUCUGUCCUGUAUCCAGUGUAGUUUCCUGUUAUGCCCUGAGCCUUCCUAGGUGACGCCUGUGGCCCCACAGCCUCACAUGGCAGCUUGUCAGAAAUGCACUCAGGUCCCUCCCUGCAGAAUCAAAAUCUGUGCUCAAACCAGACCCUUGGGGACUUGUGUGCACAUUAGGGUGGAGAGCAUGACCUGAAGAAACAGUGUCCUGCCUAAGGGGAGCCUGCCAGCGACCACUGACACGGAGUGGAGAAUGGAGCCAGCGGCUUCCCACCACAGCCAGCCCUGCCUGAGGUGUGCCGAAGGUAUGCGUUCACGUGGUGUGCGUCAGUGCUCAGGUGGGACAGCCCCGCCUGGCCCCCACCUUGUUUUGAUUUCUAAGGGUAUCCGGCUUCACUCGGGCUUUUUAAAAUCAUGAUCUGUAGAGUUGCUGAAGAAAAAUUUCUUCGGCACCUCAUCCAGAGAAGCCAGUGUUGUGGAAUAGGACUUUGGCUAGAAACUGAUGGACACUGGGGAAAAGGAGGGAAGGCGACAGAGCUGCAGCACUUGGUAGGGCGGUGUCUCGGAGCAUCCAAGGAAGUGGGCCAGCCAAGUGGACGCUUGCUGCCCACUCAGUGGUGUUACGACUAAACUGUUCAGAAAGGAAAGUGCAGGAAACAGAUGGAAAAAAGGGGAGAGGCCCUGACACAUUUGUGGGCGCUCUUGAGCAAAAUGAAGUUUCUGAACCCAAGAACAAGGACAGGCAGGGCUGGUAUGAGAUUCUUCAUCCCUGACCUGUUGAGAUUUUUGGGAAACCUCAGUCUCUUAGCACCGAUAUUCUUUCCUGCCCCCAGAGUGCUGAGAACGCACAGCUCCACAGACGUUCCAGAAGGGAAAGCUGUUUCCUUCGGAAGCCACAGCCACAUGAACUCAGUGUUUACUGCUAAAGAACCAAGAUAGCUGGUUC